AAUGAAUGAAUAUUGUUUCUAUGAUUAUGUUAUUCAAUUAGAUAAAAAAAUUGGAUAAGGAUAGUUUGGGAUAGUUGUUGAAUGUUAUCAUAAAUUCAAGUAUAAAAAUAUAGAGCUUUGUGCAAAAGUAGCUUUUAAAUUAUUUAUAAAUAGAUUGUGCAAAAUAACGCUAAUAUAGAUGAGUCUAUGAUGAAAGAAAUAUAGAUUUUAAAAAAGAUUAAAUCAAUUAAUAAUCCUCAUUUGAUUAUAGUAUAUGAUGUAUUUGAAGCUGAAAAUAAAUUUUUUAUUAUCAUGGAACGAUGUUCAGGAGGUGAAUUAAAACAUUUAAUUGAAUAAAAGAAGUCAUAAAAAUAAUUAUUUAAGACUUCUGAAAUUAUUGACUUCAUUUAUCAAUUUAUUGAUGGAUAUUAAGUAUUAUAUAAUAACAACAUCAUGCAUAGAGAUAUAAAACCAUAAAAUAUCUUUGUUGAUAAAGUUUAAUAAUAUAAAGUAUAGAUUUGAAUAUUUAUUUUAGAUUGGAGAUUUAGGUGCUGGUAGAAUAUUGGAAGAUGUCAAAAUUAAAGGGGAUUAUACAAAAAUUGGAUCCCCUAUUUAUAGUUCACCAUAAAUAUUAUCAUUAAGAGAAUUUUCAUCUCAGACUGAUGUAUAUUCAUUUGGAAUGGUCAUCUAUUAAUUAACUUUCCUUGAAUUUCCUUUUAGACCUGUUAUGACUGAAUUAUAAAAAUUCAUAUUAUCAAUCUAGAAAUAAAGAUUUAGUUUGAAUAAUUAACCAUUAAAAAAUGAAGGAAUUUAAAGGGAGAAGGAUGAAAUUUAGUUUUUGAUAGAAAAUAUGUUAGUUUAUGAUGAGAGUUAAAGAAUUACAUGGGAAAAAUUAUUUGAAAGAAUACGAAAAGAUGUUGUUUAUGAAUAGUUUAGAUCAAAAUAUGAAGAUGCAUAAUUGUUGAAUACUAUAAUUGAUUGGGAUUAGAAAAAUAAAAAGAAAUAAGUAAAAGAGGCAAAAAUGUUAUAAGAAGCAACAAAGUUAUUCUAAUAAGUAGGUAGUAAUAUUAAAUUUUCUAAUUUCAUUCCAUAAACAAGCUAAUUAGAAAGAAAACGAAGUCCAUUAAGUUAGUAUUUGAGAAUAUAGUAUUUUAAAGUAGUGGUCAUUAAUUAAGCUUUGAAUUAACUAUAAGAAGUUAUCAAGUAUUAUAACAAAUUAUAAUAGUGAAAAAAAACUUCAUCUUUAAUUGAUUGAAUAUUUCCUAUUAAUAAGUUCUAUUUAUGGAUAUUAUUGCAAUUUACUAAAAAAUAUAGAAGCAAUUCAUAAAGGAGAUUACAAUUAAUUAAGUGAACAUAUAAGGGAUUAGAAAGAUAAAGAGUAGCAGAAUUUAUAAGCAAUCAAUGAAUAUUAAUAACUUAAAACAGAAGAUGAUUUGAGAAUAAUUGAAUAGUGUUCUCAAAAACUUUAAGAAUUAUCUGCUUUAUCAACUUAAGUAGAUAUAAAUUUAUUAUUUUUAGGUUGUUUCAUAAACAAUCAAAAAAAUUAACGAAUAAAAAAUUAGAUUUCAAACAUUAUGUGAUUUGAGAGAAGUGCUUUUCAAAUUUUCAACUUAUAUUAAUUAUUAUAAGUAUUGGGAAUUUAUUCGUAAAUUUUUUAAUUCAUAUUUAUAAAGAAAAUUUAAUGAUAAUCUAAACUCAGAUUUAUAAUAACUUUCAGAUUAACUUUUAUUGUAAAAUAUAUAUUUAUUAUAGAUUUAUGGUUUAUAUGUAUGAAUUAUGUAAUUUAGAAGAGAAACAUAAAUAAAUAGAAUUGUUUAAAGAAAAUAAGAUAUUAAUUAUACCUAAACAAAGUUAUACUCGUCAAGAUGCAAUUUUUUACUUAGAAUAAAAGAGAAACGAAUUAUAAUAUUAGUAGAUUAACCAAAAUCAAUUUUAUUGA